ACAUGAUGACUUCUCCAGUGUUUGCCUUCUAUCUCACGUGUCUGUUCUUGGCGAAAUCGGCUCAGAUGGCUGAUCUGAAAUCGCCGGCACCUGUUCCCCAAGAGAAAAGUUUUGUAUCAGCUCAUGUUGGCGACAAGGUGAAUUUGCGGUGUUUCUUUGGAAGUUUGACUAAGAGGCUUUACUGGUACAAGCAAAGUCUGGGACAGAAGCCAAGGCUCAUCUCUAGCUUCUAUAAACAUGAUCUCAAUAGCACUUUUCAUAAUGAAUUCAAGAGCGAUUCACGCUUCACACUAGACACAGAAAAUGGUAAAAAUCACUUGACAAUCACAGAUUUACGCACAUCAGACUCAGCCACUUACUGCUGUGUUACUUAUUUAUACACAUUAGAAUUCUUGGAUAGCAUUAUUCUCAGUGUAGGGGGUUCAGGUUUGAAUAUCCAGGCUUCGGUCCAUCAGUCCGGAUCUGAGAUCCUCCAGCCAGGAGGCUCUGUGACUCUCAGCUGUACAGUACACACUGGGACCUGUGAUGGAGAACACAGUGUUUACUGGUUCAAAGACUCUGAAGAAUCUCAUCCAGGACUCAUUUACACUCAUGGAGACAGGAACGAUCAGUGUGAGAGGAAACCUGAGACACAAACACAAACCUGUGUCUACAACUUGCCGAUGCAGAGCCUGAAUCUUUCUCAUGCUGGGACCUACUACUGUGCUGUUGCCUCAUGUGGACACAUACUGUUUGGAGACGGGACCAAGCUGGACUUUGAGGAUAAAGUUGACUUGAUGUAUUUCUCAUAUGGAGCCUGGGUGUUCACCACCAUCCUGAGUGUUUUACUGGCUUUCUCAUUGUGCAUGAUGGCCAAGAGAAACAGCUGUCGAUCUCCAGAGUCUCAACCAGCAUUUACCGCUCCCUCCACAGCAAAUGCAGAGGGUUACCAACACGCACUAAACCUCUAUUAUGCUGCUUUAAGCAUUAACCUGACCAACAGAUCAAGAAGACAGAGGGAUCAAACCUGGACUGAAUGUGUGUACCACAGCAUAAAGAAGUAGAACUGGACAAGUUAAUACCGUAAUACCCAUAAUGCAUGUUUAACAUAGUUUUUUUGGGGGGGGUCUGAAGCAGGAUAUCUCACAUUCACACAACGUUGCUUUGUUUCUUGCAAAUGAAAUGUAUCUAAUAUUAUAAGAGCAUUGUUGGUACAUAUGAAUGAAUGUUUUUUGUGAGUUAAUAUAAUCAGAUUAACUGAUACUAUGAGGUAAUUUGUUGCUUUGAGGAUCGCAGCUGUUUUGGGCUUUUUCUGUUUGUCCUCAUUGAUGUUCAACCACAUCAAGUAAAGUAUUGUUUUUUUUAUGUGGAUUUUAUUUCAUUAAUGAUCAAAUAAACAUCAUUAAAAUACUUUUGUGUAGACAUGUUCGAUGUGUUCAUCCAGCAGUAGCUCAGACUGCUUCUUAAUACGUGACUGGCCAGUGGCUUUACGUUUUGUUUGUCAGAGAAUGUGGUAGGACCUCACCCCACUCCAGUAAGUGAGGCGCAAUUGUUCUGGUGCCGAAAUAAAAUGGCACAGGAGGGUUUUUCUGUCGACUGAAAAACAUGCGGUUCUGCUAAUUUACAGCGUCGUUGUGUGGGCGAAAAUGAGGCUUGUUUAACUUAUCGUUUGGCGUGUUUGUGACUUGAUGAUUCAUAUAUAGUGAUACCUGACAUUUCACGUCUGUCUGACCUCUACUCGAACUUGAUUAUUAUCAUAGAUGAAGAGUCACGGUCCAGAGCUGAAAUGCUGAGACACUGGCAGAAUCCUUGACCGUGAUAACAGGACACGGCCUCUCGGAGAAUCCACCUCGAUCCCGCAUCUCCAGGGUUACCACAGCAACCACAGCCACUUGGCUUCCAGCCAAGGGUCUUCAGCUACAGCGCAAAUCACAGUAGGCCGGUCUUAACACUCUGCUCAUGACUGGGUUGAUGUCGAAAUAAAGUCAUAUUUAAUUACCUAAUCUCAUUCAUAGACGUGGUAUCAUUAGCUGUACAGCCAUAGUGUAUAGACAUAACAUAUUCUCUCCCACUAUCGCCAACUCAUCACACUGCUCAUUUCAUUAUUAUUUUCAUCUUUAUGAUUAUUACACCUUGCAUU